GUUCAGUUUUACUUUUGACCUUGUUUUGUAUUUUUUAAGCUUUUACUAAUAAAGCUCUCUUUUUUUUUAUAACUCGUCUGUACUGCGUUUGGGUCCUCCCCUUUACACCGCACCAUAAAAGUACGAACUGACCAGGAAUAUGGACCCAGCAGACGUCAUGGACGAUGAACUUUAUGAUCUGGCGUACACUUUAAUUUGUAUUUUUGGGCAGUAGAAAAGAGCCCCCUGUUGGAGGGUUCAACAGGCUGCGCUAGGGUUGGCUAUAAAGGAAUUUGCUAAGAAGACCGGGCUAUAGAGUCUUUUGCCUGAGUGGCUCCAAGACUUUUUGAACUCCCCACAUAGCCAUCCUAAUCCUCAGCCAGCAUCCAAAUUGGCUAGCUGUCGCCCUGUUCGCGUUCAGCAGGCUAGCCAGCAAGGUGUGAACCGCCAAUUCUCCUGCUCCAGCCCCUGACUCAUUCCUGGGGACUCGACUGGCCCUGGGAGGACCUCUGUCCAGAGGACUUCCAGGACCCUGAGGAGGAGAUCCGGCCGUUCAAGACGCCGUCAUAUGAGCUCUCCUGCAGCCGGGCCGCGACAGACCCUCGUUCCUUCUGCUGGGCCGCGAACGACCCCUGUUCCUUCUGCCGGGCCACGACAGACCCCGGUUCCUGCUGCCAAAUCGCGGCAGUCCCCGGACCCUGUUGCAGAGCCGUGGUUUUCUGUAGUUCCCGAUUCUCCUGUCGAGCUGCGACAACCACUUGCCUCUCUUGUUCACUUCACCCUCCCUACAGCUGUCAUGAAAUUCCCUCCGAUUGGAUGUCAUACUUGCAGGCAGUGUCUAUGCUGGGUCUUUUGUUAUAAGUUAUAAGUGUCUCCCCAUAACACAGACCUGUGUGUCUCUGUUGAGGGUUUGGCAUAUGUCUAUGGUUUUAUGAUGACUUUUGCCCUUUCUGAGGAGCAGUACUGUUAUCCAGGCUCUAAUGCCUCGUGUGUUAUGGCACAGUUCAGUGUGCAGACUACAGUUGCCCUCUAUUUGUUGUUUGUAUCAGGUAUGCUGGUUACCAUUUUAGGAAACUCUCUUGUCAUUGUGUCGAUAACUCAUUUCAAGCAGUUGCAUAAUCCUACCAAUGUGCUUAUUUUAUCAAUGGCUCUUGCAGACCUUCUUGUGGGUAUUACUGUAAUGCCCUUCAGCGCUAUCCGGACCAUUCAUGGCUGCUGGUUCUACGGGGAUGACUUUUGUCUGCUGCACUCCAGUUUUGAUAUGUUUCUUACCACUGUCUCUAUCUUCCAUCUAAUUUGCAUUGCUGUAGACAGACAACAAGCAAUAUGUAAUCCUCUGCAUUAUUCUAGGAAUAUCACAAUGUCAGUGGCAUGGAUUAUGGUAUGUGCCAGUUGGGCACUGGCUGCUGUCUACUCUUAUGGGCUACUUUACUCAAAGGCCAAUGUAGCCGGUUUAGAUGAUUAUAUGACAACAUUAAACUGCCUCGGCAGUUGUAACCUUCUCUUUAAUCCCCUUUGGGGAAUCCUGGACAGUGUUACUGCCUUUUUCUUUCCCUGCAUUGUAAUGGUUUGUCUGUACACUAAAAUAUUUAUUGUGGCAAACGAGCAUGUAAGAAAGAUUGGAGAUAUGAGCAAUUAUUCAAAUGACAGAGUAAAAGGAGGGUUGGUGAAACAGUCUGAGCAUAAGGCUGCAAAGACUCUGGGUAUUGUGCUUGGUGCAUUCAUCUUUUGUUGGAUGCCAUUUUUUAUAAAUUCUAUAAUUGAUGCCUACACUGGCUUCACUACACCUGUUGCUAUCUUUGAAGCAUUUGUUUGGUUGGGUUACUUCAAUUCAACAUUAAACCCAAUUAUUUAUGCCUUCUUUUAUCCUUGGUUUAAGAAAUGCUUCUAUCUCAUUGUCAAUCUUAAAAUCUUUAACCCUCAUUCUUCAACAAUAAAGGUGCAUAUUCUGACACAUUUAUGA